AUGGCCAACUACCUCCCCGUCCUCAUCACCUCCAUAUCCGCCAAUGCCACCCCAGACGACUCCGCCCUCGUCACUCUACCCCGUGGCCAGGUAGACUAUCUCUCCCACGAAUGGCAGGAGGAGGAUGUCUGGCGCUCCUGGCGGAACAUGACAAGACAGAAGAACGAGAUCACCAACGGCGUCAGACUCGAGAAUGCCUCUUGGAGAACUUGGUGGAAGCAGCGCAACAAACUCAAGACUAUCUCUCCAGAGACCCUCAACUGGUUGAAGGACUCUGAUGUUACUUGGCUCUAUGGGCCUCUCCACACCGCCGUUGAGUGGACUCCACCCCCAAAGCCAACUCCAGUUCCAGACACCGUAGACGCCGCGAAUCCUGCCUCAGCCCACGACCGUCUCGACUUAUCCUCUUCGUCGGCAUCCCGCCGUGCACCACGACCCGCGCCCUACAAGCCUAUUCUCAAGCAUCGCAGCAUCAGCGAGCUCCUUACCUCAGACCUCCCCCCCACCUCUCCAAUAUUCAGCCCCGUAGAAUCGGAGGAUGAACAGUCUGAUACCACCAAGCAGAACACCCAGGCGAACAGGACCGAUCCCACCACCCUCGUAUCCCACUCCCAAUUCUCCUCAAAACUAGCAGGCAAGCGCCCCACCCUCACACAUACAAAGAGCGACACACAUAUUACCCGCUGGGGGCCCAGUAGAGCCUUCCGCAAAGAUUCACCGCCCCGUAUCGAUCCCCCCGGGUUUGAUUCAUCGCAGGCCCACGGAUACUUCCCACCGGUCUCAUCAUCAUCAAAUUCCCCGUCGUCCCUAUCACAACCCUCGACAAAUGGCUCUAUCCGUGCAUCGCUAUCACAGGACUCCAACUCGAGUGAAAGCGGCGGUAACGGUGGUGGCGUAACUAGCAGUGGCGGCGACACCCGCGGCGGUCACCAUUCACAUUCACAUGGCACUACUACGCACAAGAAAAAGCAUAUUAGCUUCAACACCUUUGUUGAGCAGUGCAUAGCCAUCGAAAAGCCAAAAAAGAACGCCUCCGGCUACUUUGGUGCCAGCGCAGGUGCACAGAUAGGGUGGCCUGCUGGAAGAGUCAAUUAUGCUGAUGACGAUGGUUACGACGAAGACGAGGAAGACUCGGAGGAUGAAGAAGAUGAGAUAUAUGCUGCCGGUGGGUCACAAUGGCAUACUCCACGGCAGUCGGGUGCUCGUGCCGUGCGCAACGACUCGGAUUCUCCUAUCGAGGAGGAAGACGAUGACGAUGAGGAAGAUGACGGGAUUAUCGAGAUGCGUUCCUCUUCAAGCUCUUACCGCGCACGGACACCCAAACCGACGCCGAAGAAAUUCCCGCGUUCUCAGUCGAAAGUGUCUACAGCAUCGUCAUCAUCUUCUACCUCAAACUCUUCUUACGGCAGCGGCAGCAACAGCAACAGCACCCUUGAUACCACCAAUUCCUCUCCCUCAGGGUCGUUAUCUCCCUCACGGCGCACGCCUUCCAAUAACAGUUAUAACCGCAAAUCUCCCAAUACCUCUUCCUCAUCCACCCCGAAUACCAACGACAUCCGCACACUCAACCGACGCGCGAGCAAUGGGUCGACGUCGACAUACCGUCCUUCAAGUACGCGGCGUGGCCCGCCACCCCUUAUCCGGACGACGUCCGAUUCGCACUCCCACAGCCAUCAACAGCAUCGCGUGAACGUAACGAUUGCACCAAUCGCCCCAACAAUCCUGAAGACUACUGGCGUGUGGGCAGAGAAUUUUGGCGACGACGGGGCGAGUGAUGAUGGGUUUGGAUUUGCCAGCGGGUUUCCGUGGACAGAAAACCGGCAGCAUGGCUAUGGAAGGAAUGGGUACCAUUCUGAUUCAGGGAACUAUGGCUCCUUUGGAAUCGGAAGAGGUAGCUCGCGCGGGUUCUAUGGAGGAGCGGAGGAUGAAACACAGGAAUCCGAUGGAACGCCUGUGGAACUCGUUUACGUUCCGCCGCUGGGAAGCAACUAUUUGUUGAGCUUGGGUGUGGGCGACGAGAGCCCGGAGUAUGAUCACCACCAUGUUCAGUACGGAGGAUUCAGGGGAGGAAAGAGAGGAGGAUACUUUGAAGAAGACGAAGACAGCGGCCACGUGGAGCAGGUGGAAGACGUAAAUGCUGUAUACCACCAUCCGCCCAACGCCGGUAUGGCCAGCGUCGGUUUCAGUGUAGGAGGGCCGUCAAGCUCACAGAGACCCGUGAACGGGGCAACGGCAGGGGCAGGGUCGGCGCCGAUACCCAUUCAUCAUAGCCACAGCUCGAGCGCGCUGAAUGCGCACGCGCACGGCGGCGUGCCGAAUGUGGUCGUCAACCCAGGAGGACCCCUAUCGAGCUCGGUACCCAAUAUCGUGUACCGUGGUGCACGCGCAAUCCCGCGUCAGCAACCGGAAGUGGAAGAGGAAGAUGCAUAUGAUUUCUUCGAGGGCCCGGAUCUGGGCGAAGAUUACUACUACGCGCGGAGAGGUGGGCGAGGGUAUGAGCGAGAGCGGGAGAGCGACAAGGCGUAUGCAGCUGCGGCAGCCGCAGCGGCGAGCACGAAGAGUCCGACGUUGACAGUACCCUCCAAUGCUGGGUAUGGCUCCUCGAAGAGCGAGCGCGAUCGCGAUCGGGGGUCGGAUCGAAGGCACUCGCGAAGCCAUCACGGGAGUGGAUUUGGUGGUGGUGGUGCGGGUGAAGAGAGGCAGUCGAGGAGCAGAAGUCGGAGCCAGAGCCGCACGCCGUCACCUGCAUUCACGGUGUCGCCUACUGUCGGAGGCACCGCAACCCCGGCCCCAGCACCAGCCUCGGCAUCGAGCAGCAGUAGCAAUCCUCUUCUAGGCGUUGGUACGGGCGUUGUGGUGGUUGGGCGAAGGCGCAGUUCAUCGGCGUCUUCGCCUUCCGGUCCCAACACAUGGAUCACCGGCGGCGGCGCGCCAGCUUCUAACAGCGCGGAACAGCGGCUCUCGCCUCCUGCGCGCGGGCGUCAGCAGGACCUAGCGUCUUCAACAACCAACCGAUCUUCAGCGACAUCAGGACAACCGGCGCGUGGAAGAUCUAGCACGCGCACAUCGUCCUCGUCGUCCUGGGAGCGCGAGCGCGGGAGCUCGGCGGCUGGCUCUUUGACGGGCAGCCCGAUUGGCAGUUUGAGUCCCGGACCGGAUGGUUUGGGACGAGCAGGGUCCGGCGUGGGCAUCGGAGCAGUACUGGGAGGCGCAGCGGUGCUGGCUGGUGGCGGGCGUGCGGAUCGAGAGCGUGAGAGGGAAAAAGACAAAGAUCGCGAGCGUGAAAGGGGCAGGGAGAGGCGGGGUAGGGAUCGGACAAGCGGGAAGGUGUUGACGGCCAGUGAGACGGAGAGUAUGGCUAGUGGGAGCGGUUCGUUGGGCAGGGAUGAUACCGCAAGUGUGGACUCAUCGUCGGUGUCCGCCUCGUUCACUGGCUCAGUGUCGGGUGUAGGCACGGAGUCGGGGUCGAGUGGAAGCAGGACCGUCGCCCCUACAGCCCAUAUGGAAUCGAGCUUCUACAGUACGACCUCUUCGUCGUCGUCCAGCACAAAUACGAGCAACAGCACAAUUAUGGCGGCGCCGGCAACUGUUGUCCCUUCCCCUUCCCCCGCUGGCGAUGAUGAGGGUGUUGACGUGGAGAUGCAGUUUUUCCGCCGCGCGGAGGAGGAAAUGCGCAGAAGGUCGGUUCCAACGCCUUCCAACUCGCCCGUCGUGGAGAUGCGCAGGAUGGCGCCAAAUGGCGUUGGCGAUCCUCCCAAGAGCGCGAGUACGAGCACGAGCAAUAGCAACAGUAGCGGCGGGACGACGCCCACGGGAGCAACGACACCCUCUCCUCCUCUCUCCACCUCCAACGCUGAGGCGCCGCUCUUCGCGCCUGUUCCCUCGACGGCGGCUGCAUUGGCGAUGAAGAGAGCCGGCUCACCUGGGCUAAACUAUGGGCGAUCGUCGGCGUCACCUGUAGGCGGAAUUAGUGCCUCGCAGCCUCUUUCUGCUUCUGUCGGCUCGAACUCCAAUCCCAACUCGCCUUCAAAUAAAUUGCGGCCGCCACCGUUGAUCCCCCCGCCUGCGGGUGUUGCGAAGCCCAGCACAUCGUUCACUGCUGUCUCUUCUCCGCGCUCCGCUGGUGCUGUUGCUGGCUUGUCCUCACCUGCUUCUGCGUCUGCCGUUGUCUCUGCUCCUGUUUCGGCACCUACUGCUGCUGCUGUCGCGCGCGCUCGUAGCCCUCCUGUUUCGGAGAAAGAGAGUAGCGGGACUAUUGUUGGCAAGGCUGUGGAUAUGGUUUCUAGUGCAGGGGCGUUUUUGGGGUGGUGGAGUCGCGAUACGACGACAGCUACAGAAGGGCAAUAA